AUGAUUAUCAGUUCUCUCCUUGCAAUGGAUCCUGCUGGUUCUAUAACCCUCACACUUAUCUUCUGUGUCUCAUGUAUUUUCCUUUUGAUAUUACUGACGACCCAAGGAAGGGUUAAUGGCCUCCCCCCAGGGCCAAAACCGCUUCCCUUGCUGGGGAACAUAUUGCAAAUAGAGAGAGGCAAAAUGGUCCAGUCUCUAGUGAAGAUGAGAGAAAAAUACGGUAACGUGUUUACUCUCUACUUCGGCAAGAGGAGAGUGAUUAUUUUGACUGGAUACCAAACGGUGAAGGAAGCCCUGGUGGACCAAGCUGAGGAGUUUAGUGGCCGAGGGGAAUGUCCCAGUUUUGAUGCAUGCUACAAGAAUAAUGGACUCAUUUUUACCAACAACAUGGAACGCUGGAGGCAGCUUCGGCGCUUCACGGUUGUCACCUUUAAAGAUUUUGGUAUGGGAAAGAAAAUUGCUGAAGACUGGAUCAAGGAUGAAGCUCAGCAUAUAGUUUCAGAAUUCAGAAAGACCAAAGGGAAGUUUUUUAGUCCGAAUCAUCUUCUCAGUCUUGCUUCUCUGAACGUGUCAUGUUUCAUUUUGUUUGGGAAUCGUUUUGAAUACGACCACAAGGAACUACAUACAGUUAUAGAAAUGGUUCAUGGGUCGUUUGAGGUUAUUAGCUCUGCAUGGGGUCAGAUAUACGAAAUUUUCCCAGGUUUUAUGAGAUUUAUUCCUGGAAAACAUCACAAAAUAUUCAAGUGUUUAAACAGCCUUCUAGCUUUUUCAGAGGAAAGAGUAGAGAUCUGCCGACAAAAGCUGGACCCAUCAUCUCCACAAAGCUAUAUUGAUAGCUUCCUUAUUAAGAUAGAAACGGAAAAAGACAACCCAAACACAGCGUUUACGUUACCCAACUUGAUAUGUAAUGUUGCACAGUUAUUGUUUUCUGCUGCUGACACAACUAGCGAGACUCUGAACUAUGGAAUUCUUCUACUGCUUAAAUACCCAGAAAUUCAAGCUAAGGUCAAACAGGAAAUUGACCAAGUGAUUGGGGAAAACAGGAGUCCAACCUUCCAGGACAAGAGUAAAAUGCCCUAUACAGAAGCUGUAAUCCAUGAAAUCCAGAGGUUCAUAAACCUUAUUCCAUUUGGCGCUCCUCGCGCAACUACACGAGAUGUUGUAUUUAAGGGAUAUCACAUUCCAAAGGGUACCACUGUUUAUGCCAUGCUGGGUACUGUGUUAAAUGAUCCUCAGUGCUGGAUUGAUCCUCAUCAUUUCAAUCCCCAAAACUUCUUAGAUGACUUGGGCAACUUUAAGAAAAAUGAUGGUUUUAUGCCUUUCUCAGCAGGGAAGAGAAACUGCCUAGGAGAAGGACUUGCUCGGAUGAUGCUUUUUUUGUUUUUAACCACCAUCCUACAAAAUUUCACUCUAAAAUCUCCUCUCCCAUCAGAUGACUUAGAUAUUUCCCCAGAGGUGUCCGGCAUGGGAAACUUCCCGAAAUUUUAUCAAACGUACAUUUAG